AUACGUCAUUUUCAUGAAAGUGGGUGUUCAUGUUCAAUGCAACUAACAAAUAAACAGCUAUCUACCGGAAUUUACAGUUAUGAACACCUGAAAACCGACAAUGGAGGGCCUGCCUUCGGGUGAUAUACAGGCGAAGUACCAGAAAUUGGCGGCGGAGUAUUCAAAAUUGCGGGUGCAUGUGAAGGUGCUUAAGAAGGGUGUUCUAGACGAGCAGGCGAAGUCGAAUGAGCUGCGAGAGACGUUGAAGGAGAAGGAGAAAUGUUUGAGGAAAGGCGAGUUGGAGAUAGAUUCGCUGACAUUUAGAAACCAGCAGUUGACGCGGCGCGUGUCCGUCCUUCAAGAUGAACUCGACGCGUUACAGUUGAAAUUGACCAAGAAAUCCAAGAGUAAGGGAGAUGACAAGCAACCGGUGGCCAGUAGUGCAGCAGCACUGGACGCCGGCCUCCUUCAGGAAGAACUGCAGAAGAAAAUCAUUGAAAAUGCACAGUUUGCUUCACAGCUAUCAGACAAAAUAUUUGAAAUAUCCCAGUUGAGAGCCUCCUUAGACGACUACCAGAGACACAUAAGUGAGAGUGACAGUAAAUAUAAGUGUGAGAUAGCCAAGCUGAAAAACAAAAACCAGGAGCUACAAUACUCUUUGGAGGAGGCACAGAGAGAAAGGAUAGGAGGGACGCCCAGUAAAAUACAUUUGGCUACCAGUAGUCAAGCAGCGAGCUGUAAUGGAGACUUUUUGUCGGAAGGUGGCAGUUUGGUUGGAAGUGAGGAUGCGUUGAGUUCUGUAGAUGACUUGAAUGUGACUGAACAACUUAGUAUGAAAGCACACUCGUUAGAUCAGGAAAAUCAAAAACUAAAAAUGGAAUUUGAAAUGCUUCGAAUGGAGAACGAAAGCCUAAAAUUAGAAGUAGCUAAAUAUGUGUCAGCUUCCCAAAAGAGACGUGGCGAUGGCCACGAUUCUGGGGACUUCAAUACCUUUGGGGAGACCUCUGUGGAUGCUGAAGGCAGAGUCACAGGGUUACUUGGGAGCCUGCAAGUACCUUUUAUUUUGGACCAAGAGAUAGAAAUGAGGGAAGAAAGGAUGAAGACGUACUUUAGGAAUAAGAUUAGCGAGUUGAAAACUGAGAGAGAGGAGCUGAAGAGUAAGACUGAACAUUAUGUUAAAGAGUGUGAGAUGUUGCGUCUCCGGUUUGAAGAGAUGGAGCGUGACAAACAGAUAGACGAGCACACGCUGAGCGAGAAACACAACACUAUCAGCCGACUGGAGGAGGAACUACAUUCAACAUCCCACAACUACGAGCAACAGAUGUCAGUGCUAACGGAACACGUGGCCGGACUCAACGAGCAGCUCACGAGACAGCACGACGAGAUACAGCAGCUCAAACACACGCUACACAACCGCAGGAAAUAGGACGCCAUCUUGUUUGUAUGGGGGGAGGCGCUCAGACAUUCAUUCAUUCGGUCACAACAGGUCCAGCACAUGCUGCAUAAUUGCAGAAAAUAGUCAGCCAUCUUAUAUGUAUGGGAGAGGCGCUCAGUUGUUCAUUCAUUCGAUGAGUGCUGUGAAUGAUUCGAUCACAACACGUCUAGUAGAUGCUACAUAACUGCGAGAAAUAGUCCGACAUCUUGAAUAUACGGGAGAGGCGCUCAAUUAUUCAUUCAUUCACUGGAUUUAUUCAGUUGAAUGUUUCGGACACUAUCGUAAUGAGUACAUAACCACACGAAAUAGUACGCAUGGAGAAAAUCGCUCAGUAGUUCAGUCGCUAGUAUAAUAUCAUUAAUGCGUUCAGUCACCAGUUUGUAAGUCAUUCAUACAUUGAAAGUGAAGUUAUUAGUGAAAUAAAUGUAAAUCGCAGUCUACGCAGUCGGGCAAUAUUUACAAAGAAGUCCUCUUAUUGUGAGAGAUCCGUGCCUCAAAUAGAAUUACACGAACAUAUUCUAAAGUUUCUAUAGUCAAAACCUACGAAUAAUACAAACUAAAUAUCUGUGGAGAUGUGGGAUAAUAAAGGUAUAUACUCCACACCCUACCCCCAAAUAGGUUCAUACAUACAUUAUGUAUACUGUUUAAUAAUCUCGGUGUAUAAAGGAUAAAUAUUUAAGUAUAUGAUCGUGUCCGUCAUAAAAUGUACAGACCUUAAGAAAUCUUUUCAGUAAAAUGUAUAGAAAAUCAACUUAUUUAAGUUGUGUAUCAGAAUUGGUAUGUGUUGUAGCUAGAACAUUCGGAACAUAUAUGAUUUAAAAUAUUUGGUUAUUUAUGGUAUUUAACUGAACCAAUUUUUGAUAAAAAUGAAGAUUGGUUUAUAGUUAUACAAGGCCUGAUCGAAUACGCUUUUGAUUAGUGAUUGUAAGAAUUCAUUGAACAAGACAGUUAGCUUAUAAAAAAUGGUCAAUAAUAAAUAUGCCUUCAUUCAUAUACAUAUUAUGGACAAUUUUUUUUAUGAAAUUUGCUGUAUUCGAAAUGCAUUUGUUCGUCCCAGUCGCUUAUAUUUCCAUUUUCACCCUUCUUUACAUAAAUAUACACAUAUGAAUGUUGGUCACAAAGAAUUUGUAUAAAAUGUAUUGUAAAGAAAAUGUUAAAAUGUCGUUGGAAAUGAAAUAAAUGUACACCCAAGUAUAUUGUAUAAAUUUUAUAAAAUAUUUUCGUGUGUUUUAGUAAAUAAUGCGAACAUAAUUAUGUACCUCUAAGUGAAUGAGUUAAAUCAAAUUUUCAGAAGUAGGUUCCUUUUAACUUUUUCCAUAAAUAAAAAUCUAGAACCGACUUUCUCAACAAUCUUAUCAACUUAUUAUUUUUUAUGUCAAUGUGAAAAUAAGUCUAGUCUCAGUUUUUUUGCAUUCCUAUCACCAAAUUGUAAAUUAAAAAAGUAUCGAGGCCUAUCUGAUGUAAUAUAAUCGUAUUAAAUUCGGCUAGUGAUUCGUUUGUUUAUUUAGUCAAUUAUACAAAAAUAAAUGGUAAUUCUUUUUGGUA